AUGAAGCCGCGUGGGCUUCCGGCGGCGGCGGCCGGUGUGCCGGCGAGGCUCCGCCCGCACCUUCCUCGGGUCACAGCCUUCCUGAUUGUCUUCUCCGUCGGAUACUCGCUCGGCAUCGUCUCGUCGUCCACCCGCCCGUCCACGCCCAAGCCGUCGCAGACGGUCAUACGGCCGCACGCCGCGCACCUCACCGCGGCAUCCUCGAGCGGCGUCACGGCGUCGUCGAACGGCACGGGCACGGGCGCGGCCUACCCGCGGUCGCCGCCGCACGACCUGUUCCGGUUCGGGGAUAAGUGCGGGGAGCCGGUGCCGGCGGUGGACGUGGUGAAGACGCUUCUUGACAAGCUGUUCGACGGCGAGAGCCCGUACGCGAGCUUCCCGCCGGCGCACACGGCCGCGCUGCUGCACCCGGCGGCGGCGCGGCCCCGCGGGUGGGGGUCGACGGGGGCGGUGUUCGCGGACCUCAUCGAGGAGGUGCGCCCCGACGUGAUCGUGGAGCUGGGCGCUUUCCUGGGCGCCUCGGCGCUGCACAUGGCGGCCGUGGCCCGGAACCUGUCGCUGUCCCCGGCCAUUCUCUGCGUCGACGACUUCCGCGGCUGGCCGGCCUUCCGCGGCCGCUUCCGCCGCGACGUCCCGCAGCAGCGGCACGGCGACGCGCUGCUGCUGCCGCAGUUCAUGGCCAACGUGCUGGCGGCGGGGCCCGAGGCCGCGGCCGCGGUGCUGCCGCUGCCCUUCUCCACGGCGUCCACGCUCGGGGCGCUGUGCCGGUGGGGCGUGUACGCGGACCUCAUCGAGGUGGACGCGGGCCACGACUUCCACUCGGCGUGGGCCGACAUCAACCUGGCCUGGGCCGUGCUGCGCCCCGGCGGCGUCAUGUUCGGCCACGACUACUUCACGGCCGCCGACGACCGCGGCGUCCGGCGCGCCGUGACGCUGUUCGCCAGGGUCAAGGGGCUCACCGUCCGGCCCCACGGCCAGCACUGGAUCCUCUCCCCGAAGCCGCGCGGCGACGGCCGGUGA